UCCCCCCUGCCUGUCUCCCCCUGCAGGUUCCCCGCGGUGCCCCCUCCCCGGCCGUUGCCAUGGCGAGCUGUGACUCUCUGUCCAGCCCGGUGAUGCGACAGAUCGACAAGCAGUUCCUGGUCUGCAGCAUCUGCCUGGAUCGAUACAACACUCCGAAGGUUCUGCCCUGUCUGCACACCUUCUGUGAGAGGUGCCUACAGAACUACAUCCCCCCGCAGAGCCUGAGCCUGUCUUGCCCGGUUUGCCGACAGACAUCCAUCUUGCCGGAGAAAGGAGUGGCCGCGCUGCAGAACAACUUCUUCAUCAGCAACUUGAUGGAGGUGCUGGGCCGGGACGGGGUGUGCAACCGUGAGGAGACCUCGCUGACCGCCAGUGUGGGCGGCGUGUCCGGCCACUGCCUGUCAUGCCCCAACCACGCCGGACAGGUGAUGGAGUUCUACUGCGGCUCGUGUGAGACGGCCAUGUGCCGCGGUUGCACCGAGGCCGAGCACCGGGAGCAUCGCACCGUCCCGCUCCGCGACGUGGUGGAGCAACACAAGGGGGCACUGCAGCUGCAGCUCGACACCAUCCGCGGCCGUCUCCCCCAGUUGAGUGCGGCGGUGGAGCUGAUCCAGCGGCUUUGCCUGGAGCUGACGGAACAACGAGAAGCAGCCGUGGGCAACGUCAGCCGCACCUUCGAGGAGCUGGAGCAGAUCAUGCGGCAACGCAAGAACAGCCUGGUGCAGGGACUGGAGCAACUGUGCAGCAGCAAGCAGCAGGUCCUGGAGUCCCAGCUACAGUUACUGGUCCAGGGUCGGGAGCGGAUCCGGAGCAGCUCGGAGUUCACGGAGCAGGCCCUGCGUCAGGGCACGGAGGCGGAGGUGUUGCUGGUGAGGAAGCAGAUGAACGAGACUCUGGGGGAGUUGGGACGGGAGGAGUUCCCGCUGCAGCCGCAGGAGAACCAGCACCUGGAGUGUGUGCUGGAGACGGAGGGUCUUCGCCGGUCACUACAGGGCCUGGGCUCGCUGGUCACCACCAGCGCGGUGGGGCGACAGACGGUGGGGUCCGGCGAGGGGCUGAGACAGGCCGUGGUGGGUCAGCCGACGGCCGUCACCGUCACCACCAAGGACAAGGACGGGGAGCUGGUGAAGUCGGGCAGCGCGGCCGUAGUGGCCGAAGUGACGGCUCCGGACGGUUCCACUGCCCACGGCCAUGUGGUGGACAACAGGAACGGCACCUACGAGCUGCUGUACACACUGCGGGUGGAAGGCGAACACCUCCUGUCUGUCACCCUGUACGGGCAGCCCAUCCGAGGAUCCCCCUUCCGGGUCCGAGCCGCACGGCCAUGCGACCUCUCACAGUCCCCCGACGAUGUCCGGCGUCGAGUCAAGUCCCCCGGCUCCGGACACAUCCGCCAGAAGGCAGUGCGGAGACCAGCCAGUAUGUACAGCAGCGGCAAACGCAAAGACAACCCCAUCGAGGAUGAGCUCAUACACCGUGUCGGCAGCAGAGGCCGUGAGAAGGGUGAGUUCAGCAACCUCCAGGGGAUCUCUGCCUCCGGCAGCAACCGCAUUGUGGUUGCCGAUAGCAACAACCAGUGUAUCCAGGUGUUCUCCAAUGACGGACAAUUGAAGCUGCGUUUCGGGGUUCGGGGUCGGUCGCCGGGACAACUGCAGCGCCCCACCGGCGUGACCUUCCACCCCAACGGUGACAUCAUCGUGGCCGACUACGACAACCGGUGGGUCAGCACCUUCGCUGCCGACGGCAAGUUCAAGAGUAAGAUAGGUGCGGGCAAGUUGUUGGGACCGAAGGGCGUUGCCGUUGACCGUAACGGCCACCUGAUCGUGGUGGACAACAAGGCUUGCAGUGUCUUCAUCUUCCAGUCCAACGGGAAGCUGGUGACACGGUUUGGUACGCGGGGAACUACUGACAGACAAUUUGCAGGUACACUGGAUGGAAAUAACUCCCCACUGUCUCCACUCUCUGCCUCACUGGCCCACGUCUGCUGCACCAUACAACAUAGUACAGCACCCAAACUGGCCCUUCGGCCCACCUCAUUCAUGCCCACCCACCAUGCUGCUUCGCCAGGCUAGUCCCAUACGUCUGCAUGUCCCUCUACACCUUCCCCGCCCACUACAGACAAAAAGCAAACUCA